GAUCAGUGUAGCCCCAGCAGUGCCACCUGUCAAAGUCCAUCAGUGCCAGCUGUCAGUGCCAAUCAGUGCCACGUGCCAGUGCCUAUCAGUGCCACAUCACAGUGCACAUCAAUGCCAAAUAUCAGUGCCCAUCUGAGCUGCCUUUUAGUGUCAUCCAUCAGUGCCAGUCAGUGCCACCUAUCAAUGCCAAUCAGUGCCACCUAUCAGUGCCACCUAUCAGUGCCAGUCAGUGCCGCCUAUCAGUGUGCAUCGGUGCCACCUAUCAGUCAGUGCCGCCUAACAGUGCCGCCUAACAGUGCCAGUCAGUGCGCC